UUCACCAAAAAAUUUUGCCCGUAAUGUAGUAAGACAUUGAAUUCGUCAUUUUAUUUUAUCGGAUUUCGAGGAGAUUUCGACUAGAUGGCGUCUUGUGUAGCCAUUAACAGUACUAAUAAACGUUCAAAAAAGAUUCUAGGAUUAGCAUUAAAAAGGUUGACCCUAGAAGUGAUCACAAAGUAACCCACUGCAGCAUAGUUCCUAACUUCGCAAGGCCUCGCCAUGCUGAGGAAAAGUGCAAUUAUUGCGACGAUGGCAGCGCUCCUUCUUACUUCUGUCAUCAUUCAACAAGUGGAGGGUGGAAAAUUGAAGAAACUCAUAGCAGCAUCAGUUCUCGCUGGCGCCCUGAAGCCAAGAUUCGUACCUCUGCCUAUUCCCAUUCCAUUCAAGCUGAAAAUACCUAAAGGAGAUAAAAUAGUUCCUUAUCCUGUUUACCCUCAAGAGAUGCAUUACGGAGGAGGUGGUGGUGGAUAUGGAGGUGGAGGAUUCGGCGGUGGUGGAUAUGGUGGGGGAGGCGGAGGUGGCUAUGGAGGAGGAAAUGACUGGUGGUGAAAAAAAAUCCAUCAAGCCUAAUCAAAGAACU